AAGACGAUGUCGUUUUAUGCAUACAACAAUAUUCCUCCACUUCGAAUGAGCCCUUUAACCUAGUUCACUGCUAGAACCCAGAAGCUCAAAACCCCUUUGAAAAAUCACACUGAUCAGAUUAGAAAGGAAUAGGGGAGAAAAAUGCCAUCUUUGAUACUCAAAAGAUUAUGUAAUAGAUCCUUGCUCCUUUCCCGAAACCUUUUUACUAAAACGCAACUUGUUCCGUCCUUGUUCUCUUCUCUGUCUCGGCCAGAGGUGAAGUCUCUACACUCCGCAGAUAUUCACAAUUCUCCAUCUUUGGAUCAAAAUUACAAAUCUCUGGUUUCUGGGUUAUCUUCGUUUUUGCUUAAAACUAUAGAUAGACCAUCUGGGCCUCAUUGUAAUGAGUCAAAGCAUUACCGGAUUGGGGUUCUGCAAAGAAAUAUUUCUGGGUUUGCUUCGUUUAUAUUUCAAAGAGUUAGAGUUCCAUAUGAGUCUAAUAAGGAUUCGGUCCAUUCAAGGCCUUCUUGCUUCUUUAGUACACAGGCAGCAGUCGAGUCAACCUCUGAUGGGCUAACUGUUGAUAGAAUUGUUGCUUAUAAUUGGACAAUUCUUGACGAGAGUGAAAGCGAUUGGAAGAGUCAUGCUUCUGCUAUUGCUCAAUCCAUUCAAGUGAUCAAGAAACGUUUGCAGUGGAAGCAAUUAAUGGUUAGGUUGGAUCAUUUAUCAGCAGAGUUGAGUGAGCAAGACCUAUGGGAUGAUCCUGUACAUGCUGGUAAGAUAAGCCGUGAACAUGGUUCUUUGAUGGCUAAAAUGAAAGAGGUCAUUGCAUUUGAACGGGAAUUGCUUGAGCAUGUUGACAUGAUAAAACUAGCUCGUGAAGAGGAUGAUGCUGAACUGGAAUCGGAAUCAUUGAAAGCUUUACUUCAGAUGAGAAGAAAUUCAAAAGAGAAAGAGCUUGAAGCUUUGUUAGCUGGCGAGCAGGAUUCUUGCUCUUGUUACAUAGAGGUUCAAGCUGGAGCCGGUGGUACUGAGAGCAUGGACUGGGCGAAAAUGGUCAUACAAAUGUAUAAGUUGUGGGCUCAACGGUGUGGUUAUAAAGUAACUGUAGUGGAUGAAAUGCCUGGUGAGAUUGCAGGAAUCAAGCGUGCAACGAUCAAGGUAGACGGUGACUAUGCGUUUGGAUAUGCCAAAGCAGAAGUUGGGGUUCACAGGUUGGUACGUAUUUCGCCUUUUGACAGUGGAAAGCGCCGGCAUACUUCAUUUGCUGCUGUUGCAGUAAUUCCGAUACUGGGUGAUGGAUCCACUCGUGUACAAAUUAAUGAGUCUGAUCUCCGUAUUGAGCGAUUUCGUGCUGGGGGACCUGGUGGCCAGCAUGCUAACACAACUGAAAGUGCUGUGAGAAUAGUUCAUAUCCCAACGGGAGUUACUGCUACUUGUCAAAAUGAAAGAUCACAGCAUAUGAAUAAGGCUUCAGCAAUGGCAGUGCUCCAAUCUCGGUUGGAUCAGCUUGAGAUGGCUCGCCAGGCUCAAAUGAAUGCACAGCAUACACAAUCACUCACAGAAAUAAGUUGGGGCAAUCAAAUUCGCACUUACGUGCUACAUCCUUAUCGCAUGGUUAAAGACCUUCGAACCAAUUAUGAGGUCUCAGACCCUGACUCAGUGCUUGAGGGAGAGAUAGAUGGCUUCAUCUUGAGCUACUUAUCAGCUUCUCUUGACAAAGAUGAAGACUACCAAUAAGCUCUUAGAUUUCAAAAUAUUUUUACGCAUUCUAUAUACUCAGAAAAUCUUAUCUGUAUGUAUAUCGGCAGCUGGAAGAGCUCGCCUAAACUUAGGUAUCACAUUGAAAUUUUGUCCAUUUAGUGGAAGGAACGUUCAAAACAAAAAAUAAUUUUCUACAUCGAUUUUAUUGGCAUAUUCUAUGCAAGCUGAGGUAACUAAUUCCUUGUAUUAUGAACUCUUGCCUCUAAUGUUGGUCGAUAUAUAUAAUGUAUGAAUGAUAAAAUUUACCUACAGUUCAAAA